AUGGUAGUAACCCAAUGUGGAAACUUGGUAACUUCAGCAGUCUAUUGUCCGCUCAAACAUAAUUUAAAGGAAGAAAAUUUUCAGGAUUUCUUUAGUACCAUUGGCCCCAAAUUCAUAGUAGGUGGUGACUUCAACAGCAAAAACACAUUAUGGGGCUCUCGACUAACCACUGCCAAAGGAAAGGAAUUAGCUAAACUGCUACAGGAAAAGAAAUACGCAUUUCUAUCCUCUGGGACACCAACUUAUUGGCCUACUGAUCCCAUCAAGAUUAUUAUUUCCGAAAGACACGGCAUAGUGAUGGAUGAAAUGGAAAGAUCUCUGUCAUCAUGGAUUGACGAUCAACAUCAAAAUAAUGUCCCUCUGAGUUUUUCAAUUAUUCAAGCUAAGGCUGUUAGUUUGCAUGAAAAUUGGAAGACUAGAUUAAAUGAAGAUUCUAACACGGUAUUUCAAGCAAGUAAUGGCUGGUUUGACAAAUUUAAAAUGAGAUAUUCUUUACACAAUAUUAAAUUCACUGGAGAAUCGGCCGAUGCAGAUAAAGAUGCUGCGAAAGAAUUUAUUUUCUCAUUGUCCAAAAUUACUGAAGAUGGAGAACAUUCUCCUAGUCAAAUAUUCAAUGUAGAUGAGACGGCCUUCCAAAAACCGAUUGACAUUACACUUCUUGGUGGAAACUUAGCCGGUGAUUUACAACUGAAGCCACUGUUAGUUUACCAAGCAGAAGAUCCCAGAACAUUGAAAAGGAAAGAUUGGUUCACACAUCAUUUCGUGCCGACAGUUAAACAAUAUUGUAAAAAUAAUAAUUUACAAUUUAAAGCAUUAUUAAUCUUAGACAAUGUCCCAAGACACCCAAAAUCUCUGCAUAAUUUAUACCCGGAAAUCAAUGUUGUGUUUCUUCCUCCCAAUACUCUACCUGCCUCAUACAGUCCAUGGACCAAGCAGUGA